CUUUACGAUCCUCAUGGCAGACACACUCCCCACAGGAUUGCCGUCCACCAUCCACAAGGACGCUCUCACAGUUUCGGGCGCUAGCUCCCAUAGCAAGGCACUCGUCGAGCGCUUGCUUGAACAAGAUCGCGAGUCUAAUCAUUGCUUCUACGGCCCCGGCUUUCAUAAUCACCUCAGUCAUCACCUCCUUGCUGCGUACGAUCUCGGUGCACCUUCCUCACUUAUUCAAGCAAUCUACGACGAAGAGAAGCACGGUCUAAACUCCGUAUUCACCGCCGACCGUCCCAAUAAGACUGUCGAGCGCCAAAACCUCCACAUUGGCGUGGAUACUUGGACUCACUAUCUCGGACAAGAGAAGUAUUACGCAAACUAUCUGGAGUUCUUCUCCGAUGAGGUACGGAGGCUAGGACCUAAGCCCGCUUACCAGCACUAUGUCUUCUCAGAGGACGCCAAUAUUGGAAAGGCCCACAUGACGGAACGUUUCGUGGGCGGAGCCUUGCACCCACUGAUACAAAUGGGUUAUGCGAUCGAGUUUGGCAGCGAUGUCAUGAUCGCCCAAGCGCUCGCACAAACGGCUGUGCAUGAAGCAUUUGAGCCUGGUCUUUUCCCUUGGAGUUCCGAAUCCGUCGAUGACGGUCCAGCAGUUGACAUCUCCGCUAACGGCCAACGCGCUGCCACCUCUAAGGACGAACAUACUCUUCUCUCGAUCCUACGCGAAACCUACCGAUCUGACAUUAUGACCCCGGUGCUUCCAUACGACCCUGACGCGCUGCUCUCCGCGCGGCGCAAAGCCGCCUUUACCCCCGCACGUGUUUCCGAGAUCCGCCGCCUUACCAUGCUUUGGCAUCUUUCCGCCUUCGCUACCCCCGCGCAGCUCGCACAAAAGACUGAGGAGCUCUUUUUUGUCGCUGCGCUCCUGUUUGCGGGUGUCGGCCGGCCGGGUAGGAAGGAGCGCCUCGACUUCUUCUUGAUGCAUGUGUUGACAAGCACCGUUUUCGUCCCGAACUUGGUCGGCGCACUCGAUGGGGCCACUGCGCAGAAGAGGCUGCUCGAGGCUGUCCUGUCCGUCGUGCUAGCAUAUGUGCUUCUUCGCGGGCGCCCCCGGAUCGACUGCGAGCUCAUCAUGAGCUACACUGCGUCUCCGCGUCCGGACGGCGCGCAAUUGAUACCCACACCCGGUGCGCUCGGAGAACCCGCGACCAAGCCAGACGAAUACAUCAACCCGUGGCCGACGCUCCUUGCACAUGUCCUGCCGGCGCGCGAUGCGCACACGCUCAAGGCUCUUCGUACUCUCUACGUCGGGGCGCAGCGCUACGGCACUAUACCUGCGGGCGCCGUGCGCGGGGCGGUCGACAGUAGGGGUGAGGAGACACACGCGGGUGCAAAGAGGCUCGAUGGGAGCGUGUUCGUGCGGGCUGCGGGCGCACUGGUGAGAGUAAUGGGGUGGGUCGGCCCUGGGGAAGGUGGCGGACAGAAAGAGGGGAGUUGGGAUCGGAGCGCGUUGGGAUGGGACGAGGCGUGGGACGAGGAGGAUUGAGUUGGCAUAAAAUUCUGAGGUGUACGAUGUUUGGUGCGUUUGUAUUUGUACAGGCUCUGGGGAGCUGUAAGAUGUCAGCAGGAUCUACCUUCCAUCCUCGAUGUAAAUCUAACGGAGCAACAAUACAGAUGUGUAUCUGAACCGG